UAAAAGUGGUUUUAGCCAAACCCUAAACAGUCUGCUCCGCUCCAGUCGCCGCCUCCGCUCCAGUCGCCGCCUCCGCUCGGUUGCUGCUCCAUCUCGCACGCCAGCCAUGACCAAGAGGACGAAGAAGGCAGGCAUUGUCGGCAAGUACGGCACCCGUUAUGGGGCGAGUCUGCGUAAGCAGAUUAAGAAGAUGGAGGUCAGCCAACACAGUAAAUAUUUCUGCGAGUUUUGUGGGAAGUAUGCUGUGAAGAGAAAGGCUGUAGGAGUCUGGGGAUGCAAGGAUUGCGGUAAAAUCAAGGCAGGCGGGGCGUACACCUUGAACACUGCUAGCGCUGUGACGGUAAGGAGUACAAUCCGGAGGCUGAGGGAGCAAACUGAAAGUUGAAUGGCCAUUCGCCACUUCAACCAUUUUUGUUAGCAGCUUAUUGCUUAGAUUAAAAAAACGACGUUUUCUUUGAAAGCAUCUUCUUCUUCGGUUGUUGUUUCGCUUUCAUUCCUCUUUUUUUUUUUUAAUUUAAAAGCAUCUGCUAGGAUCAUAAUUAGAUAGAGCAACUGUCCUGUCUGCAGCCUUUUUGUCUGAUCGGCAGAAUGUCAUGUUUUGAUCGUCAAUUUAAAGAUUCUAUUGGCAAUUUUUUAUUUUUUUU